AUGGCAACAGACUAUACUAGAUUCCAAUGGCGUGACACUGGAUAUGGGGAAUGGGUUCGAGAGCUUGAUGAAGCAGAGCUGUCUUAUACAUCACUCCAACGGAACUGGCGAGGCAGUGGGCGUUCUUUCUUUCAUAUGACCGGCCAUCUUACACUUGAAGUUCCUGUGGACAACGAUGUAGAUCUUCCUACGAUCGAAAAACGUGUCGACUCAGCACUAGCUAAGGCAUGGUUGACAUUACGUUACCACCACCCUACGAUCGCUUCUCAAGCAAAAUUCGAUCCUAUAACGCGGAAAUACAUAAAGGCUUAUCCCCGAAACUCAGUUGGUUGGCUUGAGAAGACUUUCGUUGUCCUCUCGACAGGUCAUACUGGCGUGGAAUGGGCAAACCAUGAUCCUCCCGCCCCAGUACUGCCUACUCUAUACGCGUUGGCUGUCCCAUCGACUGAAGACAAGCGGGUUGUCCGCCGCGAUCUUGUCUUUCGAUCUCCCCACGACAUUAUCGACGGCAUUGGCACCUUGCUACUCUUUGACAACUACGUGCGCCAUGCCUCUGAAGCUUUCACGCAGGGGGAUUCUUAUCACCCUCCAGCUCUCGACGACCCCAAAGUGGUCCAAAACCUAAGUCCGCCAUUCCGUGUCGCGGCCGCGAUUCCGCCGGAGCCAUCAGAGGCGGCCAUGCAUCGCUUGGCUAGUUUGGAUGUAGCCGAUGCGGAAGACAAAACGAGGAAUGCAGAACUUGCUACCUUGCCUUAUAAAAAGGGAGCACUCGUCCCAGGCAUUCACAGGCGUGUGGAGAUAACAUUAUCACCGGAGGAAACGGCGAGGUUGACAGGCGCCUGUAGGGACGUUGGGUCAACCGUCACACACGUCUUCCAUGCUGCGAUUGCACUCGUUCUUCGUAAUCUACAGGCGGUACAUGACAAGCCCCGAUCAGUUGAGUACGUGGGCUAUCUGCUGCGCAACGAGCGAGGCAGCUGUGUCCCGCCUUUCAGUGGCCAUGAACAUGCUGCUACGGUGUAUCACUCAACCUCCAGUGAGAAGUUGAUUGUCAACAUGACCGUUCCUGGUCGCGAUAAUAAUUUGCCUGAAGAAACACGGCUGCAAGUGGAAAACAAAGAGUUUUGUGAUAUCGUGCAGCAGAUGAGGGAGUUCUAUCAGAAAGUGCGAGACGACCCUGAACACUACCGUCUUGCGCCGUUGUUAUGGGCAAGGCGCUCGAUCCCACCACCUCUGGACGAGCACGCUAUUCCCCCCAUCCCACCCCCUAGUGACUCUCCCUCUGCUUCUAUUUCGAGCAUGGGCCGCAUCGACAACAUCAUUCGCCAGAAGCACGGGAAUAUAGAGGUUUAUAACCCUUGGGUGACUGGAGAAGAGCUGAGGAACGGGCUAGGCUUGUUUCUAGGCACUUUUAGAGGUUCGCUGUCACUCAGCGCUGCGUAUAAUGACGCAUGGCAUGAUAAGGAUGAAGCAUUGCAGUUUGUUGAAAGCUGUAUACAGCUUGUGAAUACGGGUCUGGGCCUUGAACAAUCUAGUGAUCAAGAUCCUUGCAUCCACAUAUGCAUCACUCUCCCCGUCAAGCUGUGCUGGGUCCAACGCAAGGACCACAGCAUCAUAUUCCAGAUCCCAAAGUCAGAGCUUUGCUCGUCCACUAUGUAG